AUGGGAAGCCCUGACUCCCCGCUAGGACAGCCUGAAGGGCUCCCGACCUGCAAGGCCUCCUCCUCCUCCUCGCUUCUUCCCGGCCCGCAGCGGCCGCCCGGUCCCCGGCUGGCGGGGCGGAGGCGGGCGGGCAGGCAGGCGCUGCUAGGCGGAGUCGGCGGGGCGGGCCGGGGCGGGCCUUCGCAGCCCUUCUGCCGCCGCUGGGCCUCCUCCUCCUCCUCCUCCUCUUUGUGCGCCCUGCCUGGCGCUCGCGGCCGGAGACCCUCCUGUCGCCCCGGGACAGCGGCCCAGCCGGAGGGGGCGCGACCCCGCAGCUGCUCGCCAGGGCGGGCGGACCUGCCCGGAUCCCCUUCGUCGCUUCUGGGAAAGUCGCGCUUCUGGCACUUCGGAAAUAAACGGUCUCGCCUCCGAGCAAAGGCGGGCGGGAGAAGCCGAGGCUCCCGCUCCCUCCGCGCUCCUUUCCCGGAGGCUCUUCCGCCCUUUCCCUCCGCUUGGGCGCCUCCUUCCCAGCCGAGAUGCCGCUGCUGUUUGCUGCUUCCGAGCGCGUGUGAGGAAAGGGGCACCGGCUGGAGAAAGGGAGAGAUGAACCAUUUCCAGCAGGGGAUCCUACUGCUGCUCUUCCUGCUCCUGGAGUAUUCAGAGGCCAAAAAGCAGUGCUGGUACUUUGAAGGGGUGUAUCCUACAUAUUAUAUAUGCCGCUCCUAUGAAGAUUGCUGUGGUUCAAGAUGCUGCAUAAGGACUUUGUCUAUCCAGCGACUAUGGUAUUUUUGGUUCCUUCUGAUGAUGGGAGUUUUGUUCUGUUGUGGGGCGGGGUUUUUUAUCCGGAGGCGGAUGUAUCCUCCACCGCUGGUUGAUGAAACAACAUACAACGUGUCGUAUACCCGGCCACCUAACCCCUCUGCAGCAGGAGCCCAGCAGCCGGGGAUGGCAUACUACACAGACCCAGAAGGAGCUAUGAUGAACCCCAUGGCUAUGACUUACCAUGUCCAACCUAAGUCCCCACAAGUGAACCCAGUUUACCCUCCUCUCCCUUCUUACUGUAAUACCCCACCACCACCAUACGAGCAGGCAGUGAAAUCCUCCACUUAACCUCUCUUCUCUGCAGUGAACAGUGACUUCGGCAGAAGAGAGCAGGCUUGGGAGCAGCAGAAGACUUGCCAGUGCUCUGUUGACCUUUGCUCUCCUCCUAGUUAGCACUGUUUGGACAUUGAUGGAUGUGCAGCCCCAGGGGGAAUUCUUUUCUGAUGUCUUCAAAGCAAGACUGAAAGUUUUUAUAGUGCUUUUUAUUGGAAGCCUAUAUUUAAAUCCCAUACUCUUAAAAAAAUGGUCCUUGUUAUUUUAAGACAUGUAUUAACAUAUUGAUGCAGCACAGUAUGGUAAUAAGCACAAAACAAUGUAUACCAGCCUAAAAACCUUGGAGUCACUUGUAUUUUAAAUAUGGGAAACCAGGAGCACAGGACAGGAGGUAAUAGCAGAAGCAAGUGGUCUUUGUGAGAUGAGUGAUGUUUGUUAAUAAAGGAAGCGACUGGAUCAUGCCGACUCCAAGGAACUAUGGUAAGAUAAAGUGUGGGAAAUGGUUCCAGGGCGGGAAAAGAUCCAUCGCCCAGCUUCACUUGAACAAACACUGGGUGGAACAGGAUUAUAGCAGCUCUGCCUGUGGUCCAAUCCUAGCAUCUUAAAUCUGGCUCCCUUUAUUUUUUGCUGACAGUUGUUUUCGGGAGGAAAGGAGUGUCUUUCUGCCAAGAACUAAAAUUGUGAUGUACUGUUGAUGGUGUGAAUAUCAUAGCAAUUGUGUGGAAGGUAAAAAUGUUCAGCGCCAACAAUGAUAAGCAGAGGUCUAGCAACAAAAAAACUGAUUGCCUAGAAAAUAUUUAUUCUCUAAAGAGACUUCAUAAAAUAAAAUGGGUAGUCUUUGAAUCAGAGUUUUCCUAUUGACUUUGGGCCCCUUUGCAUGACAUUAUUUAGGCGUACACUGAAGAUAUUCAUUGUAUGCAUCUGAAAAGGUGUGACAGAUGUGAAUGGCACUCAGCAGAGCUCCAGGAUUGGUUGCAGUAGCCUGCUGAGUAUACACUUGGUGGCUUUGCCUUUCUUUGUGUGAUGUGUCAGAUGACCCAUGGGUAAUAUUUGGAUGUUUAGUAUUCUUUCUCCGCAUUCCUCUGGGGCCUGAGUCUUUCAUUUUUAACAUGGUAAAGUUGCUUCAAGGUGACUUUUACUCAUUGCUUUUGAUGUGGUGACUGAUUUAUUCAAAAUGAACUUCAUAGGAGAUGUAAGAGUUACCAAAUACUAGGGAAUGAUUGCAGUUUUCCAGGAUAUGAUGAAGAAAUGAUGUAGAAAUUAAGACCACUAGAAAACAACAGAUUCAUUCCAUAUCAUGGUGAGAUUAUUAUUAUUAUUUAAAAAAGAAUACUGGAAUCUUCCAUAGUUUCUGCUUGCAAUAAAUGUCCUUCAUUUGUCUUCCAUUGUUAUGCCCUUCUGGGUUUGGAUUACAAAGAUUCCACCUGCACUUGCUUCUCAGUCUCUUGGUAUGUUGUAAUUGCAGAGCAGAUGAGACCUUGCUUAGGGUGCCCAGGUUGCAGAUUUCCCCAUUGCUAUGUUUCCGCUCCUGAACUGGGAGGCCAGGCAGUGGCUGUUUCUCCCAUAUGCAUCACCCACUUUUGUUCACUCUCCUCCUUCACCUGCUGUAUCAACCAGGCCCCUCAGGCGACACACCAAAGUAUCGGGCAGAGACCCCAGGUGUAGGCACACGCCACAACAAUGAACCCCAGUCUUCAGUUUAAGGGAAAGUGGGAAUCAGUAUGCAAUUAUGUUUAAGGGACUUGAGAGGUGGGCUUUUCUCUGUCUUAGAAAAAUGUCUUACAGUUAUUAUUGAAUGUGAUCAUAGAAUCGUAGAGUUGGAAGGUACUACAAGGGUCAUCUAGUCCAACCUCCUGCAAUGCAGGAACUUUUUGCCCAACAUGGGACUCAAAUCCACAACCCUGAGAUUAAGAGUCUCAUACUCUUCUGACUGAGCUAUAAUGGGCAAUAUUAUGAAAGCAAUAUUUAAAACAAACUUUGGUUUUAAUAUACUCAGAACCUUGAAUGAGUUCUAGUGUUGUGCAGUAAUCAAACAAAUACAUUUUGAAGAAAUGUCUCACUGACAAUUUCAUUUCCCAGAAGGUGGAAGAAGCAACAAGGGGGUCAUCUAUCUUGGACCUGGUCCUCACCAACAGGGAGGAACUGAUUAACGAAGUGGAAGCACCUGGAAACUUUGGAGGAAGGGAUUAUGUCCCCCUGUGUUUCAUGAUACAAAGGCAAGGGAAAGCUGAGUGUAGCUGGACACACACUCUGGACUUUAAGAAGGCCAAUUUCGAAAAGCUGAAGGAGCUCCUGGGUUUGAUCACAUGGUCAGAAAUGCUCAAAGAGAAAGGAGUCCAAGCGGGAUAGGAAUUCUUGUCAUCCUGAAAAAAAGUGACAAGUGGGGUGCUGCAGGGUUCUGUCCUGCGCCCGUUGUUCAGUGUCUUCAUAAAUGACUUGGAUGAAGGAACUGAGGGGAUGCUCAUCAAAUUUCCAGAUGACACCAAAUUGGGAGGGGUAGCUAAUGCCACAGAAGACAGAAUUGGGAUUCUGAAUAACCUUAACAGCUUGGAGAACGGGACCCAAACUAACAAAAUGAAUUUCAAUAGGUUCUGCACUUAGGCAGGAAGUACCAGAUGCACAGAUAUAAGAUGGGGACACUUGGCUUACUAGCAGUUCAUGUGAAAAGGAUCUAGGUGGACCACAAGCUUAACAUGAGUCAACAGUGUGAUGCAGCAGCAGCAGCCAACCACCCCCCCAAACUAGUGCUAUUUUCAGAUGCAUCAACAGAAAUGUAGUGUCUAGAUCAAGAGAAGUAAUGGUACCACUCUAUUCUUCCUUGGUCAGAUCACACCUGAAAUACUGUGUCCAGUUCUGGGCACCACAAUUUAAGGAGGAUGUUGACAAGCUGGAAGGUGUGCAGAGAAGGGCAGCCAAGAUGAUUAAGGGUCUGGAAACCAAGACUUAUGAGGAAUGGUUGAAGGAGCUGGGUAUGUGUAGCCUGGAAAAGAGAAGGCUGAGAGGAGAUAUGAUAGCCAUCUUCAUAUGUCUUAAGGGCUGUCAUGUGGACGAUGGAGCAAGCUUGUUUUCUCCUGCUCUGGAGGGUAGGACUCGGACCAAUGGCCUCAAGUUACUAGAAAUAAGAUUCUGACAGUAAUCUCAUUUCUGACAGUAAGAGCUGUUUGACUGUGGGAUGGACUCCCUCAGGAGGUUGUGACUCUCCUUCCAGGGAGGUUUUUAAGCAGAGGUUGGAUGGCCAUCUCUCAUGGAUGCUUUAGCUGAGAUUCCUGCAUUGCAGGGGGUUGGACUAGAUGAUCCUUUGGAUCCAUUCCAACUCUCUGGUUCUAUGAAAUUAAAGACCUUUAACAGAUUAGAUUCUUAGAUGUAUACCUAGGCUAUUUAAGUGUGUACCUACAAAUCUAGAAAGUGUGUGUACUGAACGUGUCAUUGCAGACACUUCUACAGGAGCAUUCACAAAAAAGGCAGAAUUGUCUGACACAUGUAAUGUGAAAUGGCCCUAAGGCUGUAAUCUUAAAGACAUAAACUAGGAUAUGGAGAGGGGUUAUUGCUUAGUUUUUGUAUCUGUUUUUAUUAUGUAUUUUGUGUUCUCAUUUUUAUGUUCUGAACCGCCCUGUGAUCUUUGGUUGAACAGCGGUAUACAAAUUUAAUAAAUAAUAAUAAUAAAUAACGUGAACUUUG